AAAAGAAAGAAAGAAAGAAAGAAAAAGAAGAUUUAAAGGAGAGGUGGUGGGCGGUCCCCACAACGCCACAGUAGAGACCUCAGCGUCGCUCUUUCCCCAGACAACGCGAGAUCCUGUGCCAGGCCGAGGCUCCGCCCCCGCCCCGCCCGUGGCUGUGUGCGCAUGCGUUGGGCUAUUUUGGCGCGCAAACCUUUCCGAACUUCCUGCUUGGUCACAGGGAACGUGGAACACCGCACAAACUGGAUUUUUGCCCUAUAACGACUCAAAGGAAGCAGGCUGAGGGCUGAGGGAAGGCAGAGGGGAGAUAUGAAUGUGUUCCGAAGGUUUCCCGGUGGCUCGUGGCAUCCUCCAAAGUCCUGUCUGCGAGCUGUUCCUGACCAAGAAAACCCGCGGAGCCUGUCUCUGAAAUCCAGUCCCGAUGAAGAACUAAGAGAAAAAGAGUGACUAUGGUUUUUGCUCACAGAAUGGAUAACGACCAGCCGCCUGUGGUGACUGCCACCCUGCUGGUGCCCCUUCAGAACAGCAGCUUUGUGGAAGCAGCUGAGGCCCUGCUGCCCCAUGGCCUGAUGGGAUUGCAUGAGGAGCACAGCUGGAUGAGCAACAGGACAGACCUUCAGUACGAGCUGAACCCUGGAGAGGUGGUCACAGCCAGCAUUUUCUUUGGCGCUUUGUGGUUGUUCUCUAUCUUUGGCAAUUCCCUGGUAUGCCUGGUCAUCCACCGGAGCCGGAGGACUCAGUCCACCACCAACUACUUUGUGGUGUCCAUGGCGUGUGCUGACCUUCUCAUCAGCGUGGCCAGCACGCCGUUUGUCGUGCUGCAGUUCACCACUGGGAGGUGGACCCUGGGUAGCGCCAUGUGCAAGGUGGUCCGCUACUUCCAGUAUCUCACCCCAGGUGUGCAGAUCUACGUGCUCCUCUCCAUCUGCAUAGACCGCUUCUACACCAUCGUCUACCCACUGAGCUUCAAGGUGUCCAGAGAGAAGGCUAAGAAAAUGAUUGCAGCCUCCUGGAUCUUGGAUGCGGCCUUCGUGACGCCUGUCUUCUUUUUCUACGGCUCUAACUGGGAUAGUCACUGUAAUUACUUCCUCCCUCCCUCCUGGGAGGGAACUGCCUAUACCAUUAUCCACUUCUUGGUGGGCUUUGUGAUUCCCUCCAUCCUCAUAAUCCUGUUUUACCAAAAGGUCAUAAAGUAUAUCUGGAGAAUAGGCACAGACGGGCGGACGCUGAGAAGGACGAUGAACAUUGUCCCCAGGACAAAGGUGAAAACGGUCAAGAUGUUUCUCCUCUUGAACCUGGUGUUCCUGUUCUCCUGGCUACCUUUCCAUGUGGCUCAGCUCUGGCAUCCCCAUGAGCAAGACUACAAGAAGAGCUCCCUUGUCUUCACGGCAGUCACGUGGGUAUCUUUCAGCUCUUCAGCCUCGAAACCCACUCUGUACUCUAUUUAUAAUGCCAAUUUUCGGAGAGGAAUGAAAGAGACUUUCUGCAUGUCCUCAAUGAAAUGUUACCGCAGCAAUGCCUACACCAUCACAACCAGCUCAAGGAUGGCCAAAAGAAACUAUGUGGGCAUUUCGGAAAUCCCUCCCGUGAGCAGGACGCUAACCAAAGACUCCAUCUAUGACUCAUUUGACCGGGAGGCCAGGGAGAAGAAGCUCGCCUGGCCCAUCAACUCAAACCCACCAAACACUUUUGUCUGAUUUCUAAGAAGUCUUUCACUGUGAUGUGCCAGAGAUUAAAAAGCUUUCACUAUAAA